AUGGCUGUACAGAAUCAAGACUUAAUGGAACAAGCCCUUAACUUGAAGACCGAAUGUGAAAUGUUCGAGAAGAUAAAAUCGCAAGAAACCGAGAAAAUCCACCUGAGUAGAAAGCURUGGAAUGAGUUUUCCAAGUGUGUAUCAGACCUUAAAGCGAUAGUACAGCUAUGCACGGCCAGGAGGAAUGGACAGGACCCKAACAUGUCAUUAUUACUUGGUCUUAGAGGUAUGUCAAUCUACAAACAAGGCACAUUGARCACACAGCCCAUCUUUAAAAGACUGUUGACCUAA